CAGCAUUACAAAUUCGGGGGAAUAAGGAGAGGUCCAGUCGCGCUUUUUGAAUUCGCCACGGGAGCCCAUAUUGUCGGAUUUCAAAGUACACAAACUAGAUAUGGCAGACCAGUUUGGAUCAGCGCCGCCGUCGGGCUCGCAGCAGCGAAUGCCGCGCGUCGCCAAGGUCAAGAACAAGGCGCCCGCCGCGCUCCAGAUCACAGCGGAACAGAUCAUCCGCGAGGCCAAGGAGCGCCAGUUCGAGGUCGAUGCCAAGGUGCCGCACCAAAAGAUUGCAGACCCGGCCGAGCUGGACGCCUUCAAAGGCCGCAAGCGCCGCGAGUUUGAAGAGCUGCUCAAGAAAAACCGACGAAACACGAUGCACUGGCUGCGCUACGCUGCGUUUGAAGAGCAGCACAAGGAGUUUGAGCGCGCACGCUCAGUGUUUGAGCGCGCAUUGGACGCCGAGCCCCGCUCCAUCCACGUGUUUAUCAAGUACGCAGAGUUUGAGAUGAGCAAUCGCUUUGUCAACCAUGCGCGCAACAUUUGGGACCGUGCGACGACGCUGCUGCCACGCGCAAACCAGCUGUGGUACAAGUACACGUACAUGGAGGAGAUGCUUGGCAAUGCUGCGGGUGCGCGCCAAGUGUUUGAGCGUUGGAUGGCGUGGGAGCCAGAGGAGCAGGCCUGGAACACGUUCAUCAAAAUGGAGCUGCGCUAUGGCGAGGUUGCCAACGCGCGUGCCAUCUACGAACGCUUUGUCGGGGUGCACCACGACGCCAAGAAUUGGAUCAAGUACGCGCGCUUUGAAGAGUCGCAAGGCGAGAUUGACCUCGCUCGCAGCGUCUUUGAGCGCGCCGUCGCCUUCUUUGGCGAAGAGUUCAUGGACGAGCGUCUGUUUGCCGCCUUUGCGCGCUUCGAAGAGGGCCAGCGCGAGUACGAUCGCGCACGCGUCAUUUACAAGUAUGCCCUCGAGCGUCUGCCAAAGACCAAAGCCGAAGACCUCCUGACCAGCUACACGCAAUUUGAAAAGAAGCAUGGCGAGAAGCGUGGUAUCGAGGAUGUUAUUCUGAGCAAGCGCCGUUUCCAGUACGAGGAGGAAAUCCAAGCCAACCCUUCGAAUUACGAUGCGUGGUUUGAUUACAUUCGUUUGGAGGAGAGCAACGGAGACCUUGAGCGUACGCGCGAUGUUUACGAGCGUGCGAUCGCCAACGUUCCGCCAGCGCAGGAAAAACGAUUGUGGCGUCGCUACAUUUAUCUUUGGAUCUACUAUGCUCUGUUUGAAGAGUUGGAUGCAAAGGACAUGGACCGAACACGAGAAGUGUACCGCGCCGUGAUCAAGCUCAUUCCACACAAGGUCUUUACAUUCUCCAAGAUUUGGUUGCUGUUUGCCCGCUUUGAACUCCGCCAAAAGAACUUGAAAGCGGCUCGUUUGGUUCUUGGCAAUGCGAUUGGCAUGUGUCCGAAAGACCAAAUCUUCAGGGGUUACAUUGACAUUGAACUGCAACUGCGCGAGUUUGACAACUGCCGAAAGCUUUACGAAAAGUUCCUGCAGUUCAAUGAAACCAAUAGCACGACCUGGGUCAAAUUUGCCGAGCUGGAGGCAGUUCUUGACGACGUUGAUCGCGCUCGUCAUAUUUUUGAGCUUGCCACAAGCAGACCCUCACUCGAUAUGCCCGAGGUGCUUUGGAAGGCCUACAUUGACUUUGAAACUGAACAAGGGGAAUUCGACCGCACCCGUGCUCUGUAUCGUCGCUUGCUUCAGCGGACUCAGCAUGUCAAGGUCUGGAUUAGCUUUGCGCAAUUCGAAAUCUCCGUCCCAUCGGAAACCAAUGCUGCCACUGCCCGUACGGUCUUCCAGGAAGCGGACAAGGCAUUGCGCAAGGAACAUCAAAAAGAGGAACGAGUGCUUCUGCUUGAGGCCUGGAAGGACUUUGAGUCGGUGCAUGGCUCGGCCGAGACUCGAUCAGAAGUGGCGACCAAGAUGCCAAUGAAGAUCAAGAAGCGCAAGAAAGCGUUGGCCGCCGAUGGGUCCGACGCCGGUUGGGAAGAGUACUUUGACUACAUGUUCCCCGACGAAAAGGAGAACGCUCCCAAUGUCAAGCUGCUCCAGAUGGCGCAAAAGUGGAAGGAAAAUCAGCUCAAGUUGAAGCAGCAACAAGCGCCGCAACCACCGCAGCAACAACCCGAGCCACAGGCCGCUUCUGCUGCAUCAAGCAGUCGCGCUGCGGUCCCCGCCUUCCAACCCCCGGCCUUCCAGGAUGAGGCAGAAUCUGAUCAGGCACCCGCAACUGCACAAGACGACGAGGAUGACGAGGCAGAGCUUGCUGCAUUCCGAAAUUCACAAGCUGCGCUGCAGCGCGAGCGCGAGGCCGCGAACGCCGAUGAGUAACCCGAAUGAUUUAAGUGUUUUUGUGUGUGUGCGUUUGCCUCUUCGCUCGCCUCUUUUUCACUGUGAUACUUGUUGCGGCUCAAGGUGAAAGCGAGCAAAUGGAUCUGUAUACAUUACAAAACAAAAACACCACCACAA